UCGAUUAUUCCUAGUUGAAAAGCGGCAGAUGUGUUCACUUCGCCAGUGUAGCUACAAAUAAAUAUUAUCUUGGACCGAAACAUCAACAUCUCACCCGAAGUUGCAUCAAAUACUUAGUUAAGUUUUCGCCACAGGUUUUCCAGGUCUUGAUGGAACAGAGCAGUUUUUUCCCGCAGUGAGAGGGAAGAAGCCGUCCUUUUCUGUUUGUGGCUGAAGUUUGGAAUUUGUCCGGCUCAGAGGGAGGCAGAGACUGUGGCCUAGAGCGGCUGCAAGAGGAGGGGAAGGAGGGAGGAGAAUGGAACGAGCCCACAGUUUGCUCCUGAACGAGGAGGCAUGCAGCCAGUUGGGAGAACACCAGAGGGCUGAAUUUGUCUUUGAGUGGCUGCGCUUCCUGAAGAAGCUGCUCCCUGCUGCAGACAGGGCGGAUGUGAAGAAGAACCAGAAGCGUCUGGUGGAACAGUUGACUGGGAUUCUGAUUGGUUCUCCGGGGCCCCCGACCCGAUGGCUCCUAGCCCACUGCCUGGCCCUGCUCUACAGGGUGGGAGACUCACUCACCUCCAGCCACACGGUGGACAGGUGCAAUGACAUCAUCCGCAGCAAGGACGACUCACCCAGCUACCUGCCAACUCGACUGGCAGCCAUUGCCUGUCUGGGUGCCCUUUAUGAACAGCUUGGCCGUUUGCUUGUCAACACAUUUAAAGAGACUUUGGCAAAUUUGUUGAAGGCCAUAAAGUCUGCAGAGUCCCAGGGCCGCUAUGAGAUCAUGCUGAGCGUGGAGAAGAUCCUGAGGGGCCUGGGGGUCAGCGCCAUGCCCUGUCACAGAGACAUCUACAAGGCUACACGCGCCUGUCUCACCGACCGCUCCAUGGCCGUGCGCUGUGCUGCCGCCAAGUGUCUUCUGGAGCUGCAGAGAGAGGCUGUGUUUCUGUGGACUUCAGAGUUGGAGAACGUAGCCACGCUCUGCUUCAGGGCGUUUGAGAGCUCCAACUAUGAUGUGCGUGUGGCCAUCUCCAAACUGCUGGGUACCCUGCUGGCCACAGCCGUAGAGCCCAAACAACCCACUGCUCACAGACAGGGCUCCAGACGCAGCUCCUUGGAGGAGGUGAUGGAUCUGCUGACUGGGGGGUUCCUGCGUGGUGGGGCUGGCUUCCUCAGGGCCAGUGGAGACAAGCUCAAAGGGACCAGCUCUGUUAGCAAAGACAUCCGCAUCGGCAUCACUCAGUCGUGUGUGGUGUUUGUGUCGUGUCUGGGCGGCGUGUGGCUGGAGGCCAACUUCUCCGCCCUGCUGGUCCUGCUCAUGGAGCUGGUGUCCCACACACGGGCCACCCAGACUCCCGCAGACGCCGUGUGCUGCAGACGCUGCAUCUCCUUCAUCCUCAGGGCCACACUGGGCUCUCUGCUGGGGGAGAAGGCCCAGAUCGCUGCUGCCAAGGAGAUCUGCCUGGCCAUAGGCAAACAGAAGAGGGCCGUGGAUGCGGCAAUGUGUGAUGGGAAUGUGGAGACGCGGGUCACCACCACAGACGUAGCUGCCAGUCAGCAUGUGUUGGUGUGUGCCCUGCUGGAGCUGGGUAGCCUGGUACAGGGCCUGGCCUCUACUGCUGCAUCGCUACUCACUGACACCAGCACAGCCCUGCUGGACACGGUGAUCUCAGUUCUGCUCCACCCCAGUGUGUCAGCACGGUUAGCAGCUGCUUGGUGUCUACGCUGUGUGGCUGUGGCCCUGCCUUCCCAGGGGGCCGUGUUGUUGGACCGCUGUGCAGAGAGACUCAAUGCCCUCAAGUCCUGCCCUGAGGCCGUGGCCGGGUACAGUUCCGCUAUCGCCGCCCUGCUGGGGGCAGUGCAGCACUGCCCACUGGGCAUCCCCCACACUAAAGGCAAUGUGGUGAUGGGUCUGGCCGAGGACCUGCUCCGUUCAGCCACUCAGAACAGCCGCAUCUCCAUCCAACGCACACAGGCUGGCUGGCUGCUGCUCUCCUCCCUCAAUACCCUAGGUCCAGCGGUGGUUGAGCACCACCUCCCCAGGAUGCUGGUUCUGUGGAGGUGUGCCUUCCCUCCCUCCAUCAGAGACCUGGACAUGGAGCUCCGCCGUGGGGACCACUUCACCUGGCAGGUCACCCUGGAGGGCCGCGCCGGGGCGCUGUGUGCCAUGAAGAGCCUGGUGAUUCACUGCAGAGAUCUCCUGACUGAUGAUGUCAUAGGUCGUCUCCUGACCCCCCUGGCCUGUGCUGUGGCUCUGCUCACCAAGGUGCCUACUCUGAUCAAAUCCUAUGGCAACCUGAUUAAAAACACCUCAGUAGUCCUCAGACUGAGGGUCUAUGAGAUCCUGGCUCUGUUGCCCCCAAAGACAUACGAAGAGAGUUUUGGCAUCGUGCUGAAGCAGCUGGUGACAGACAUCACUGGGCCAGAGAACGUCGUGUGUUCAGAGCUGACGUUACUACCACCCCUCUGUCACAGUGAUGACCUGGCACUACUGGGCCCCGCUCUGCAGGACAUGGACCAGCACUACAUAGAAGAGCAGUUACAGGGGAGCAGUGUUGGAGGAGGGACCCUGGAGUACGACCCCUUCACCAUCUGUGUGAAAUGCCAGGAUGUUCCCGCCCCCCUACCCCCGCCUGCUGCCCUAACCACCGCUGCCAUACAGCUCUUUGGAGUCAUUUUUCCCCACAUCAUCGUCCCACUGAGGACACAGAUUCUGGAACAGUUCACAGAGUCUCUGAAGCAGUUGAAGGGUGUUCGUCAGCAGACUGUCCAGACUCAUGUGACUGCCGCCCUCUGCAGUGUCCUAAAGCACCUAGGCUCCAGUCGGGUAGGUUUGGGUCCAGAAGAGGUUCGGAAGCCAGCUCUGGGUCUGUUGGUGGGGGCUCUGGAGAGCUCGAACCCCCUGCUGCGCUGCAUGGCUGCUGAGGGACUGUCUCGCUUGGUACAGGUGGUCAACGACCCUGCAUUCACCGUCUCCAUGACCCUGGUCAGCUUUGACAAGUUGAAGACAGCCCGGGAUGCUGUGACUCGUACGGGGCAUGCCCUGGCGCUGGGUUCCCUGUACCGCUAUGUAGGGGGCAUCAGCUCUCCCCAGCACUUGUCUGCCUGUGUGGGCAUCCUCUUCACCCUGUCCCAGGACAGCACCUCCCCCGAGGUCCAGAGGUGGGCGCUGCACUCUCUGUCCAUGGUGAUAGAUCAUGCUGGUCCUUUGUACCAUGGCCAUGUGGAAGCUAGCUUCACCCUGGUGCUGAGGUUGCUGCUGUCUAUCCCCCCUACCCACGUAGAGGUCCACCAGAGCCUGGGCCGCUGCCUCAACGCCCUCCUCACCACCCUGGGACCUGACCUACAAGGGGAGGGCCAGUCUGUGUCGGCCCUGCGGACGUCGUGCCUGGUGGGCUGUGCGGUGAUGCAGGACAGUUCAGACUGUCUAGUCGAGGCCCAGGCCAUCUCCUGUCUGCAGCAGCUGCACAUGUUUGCCCCGCGCCACGUCAACCUGGCGAGCCUGGUGCCCAGCCUCUGUGGAAUCUUGUUGGAUUAUUCUAUGUUGGUGAACCUGUGCAGCUCGUACCUGUCUCUGCGUCGUGCUGUGGUGGCCUGUCUCAGACAGCUGGCCCAGAAGGAAGCCCUGGAGGUGUCUGAGCAUGCUGUGGCCCUUGUCAAGGAGCUGCCCCGCAGGGACAACACACAUCUUGAUGUGACCAUUAAGGAGGUGGGCCUAGAGGGGGCUUUGUUCAGCCUGCUGGACCGGGAGUCAGACCCCCGUCUCUGUCAGGACAUCCAGGAGACUCUGGUCCAUAUGAUGAGUUCCAUCGCCACGGGGAAACUGGCCCACUGGCUCAAACUCUGCAAAGACGUCCUGUCUGCCUCUGCAGAAUCCACAGCCUCGGUAGAGACCAACCAGGAGGAGGAGGGAGAGAGGGACGACGACGCGUCAGUCUUCCACGCCACGUCAGAGUCCAGCGGGCCCUUCACCAACCUGCGCUGGUCCACGCGGGUCUUCGCUGUGGAGUGCGUGUGUCGCAUCAUCGCCCUGUGUGAGAGCCACGGACACCCUGCCCACUUCGACAUGGCCCUGGCCCAGGAGCACCGCCUGCAUGAGUCCACCGACUUCCUGGUCCUUCACCUGGCUGCCCUGAUCCGCAUGGCCUUCAUGGCCGCCACUGACCACAGUGACAAGCUGAGGCUCUCUGGCCUACAGACUCUACUGGUCAUCAUCCGCAAGUUCGCUGCCAUCCCAGAGCCGGAGUUCCCUGGCCACGUCAUCCUGGAGCAGUAUCAGGCUAACGUUGGAGCUGCUCUGAGACCAGCCUUUACUGCAGACGCACCUCCUGAUGUGACAGCCAAAGCCUGCCAGGUGUGCAGUGCGUGGAUCGCCAGUGGGGUGGUCAGUGAUCUGAGGGAUCUGAGGAGGGUGCAUCAGCUCCUGGCCUCUUCGCUGGUCAAGGUCCAGGCAGGGAAGGAGGUGCCCAGUCAGCUCUACAACGAGGGAACAUCCACCAUGGAGACACUGGCUGUGCUCAAGGCCUGGGCUGAGGUGUACAUUGUGGCGGUGCAGAGCAGCAGUAGACCGAGGGAGAGCCCCAUCCCAGGGCCAGGCCCAGGGAGGCAGGGUGAGCAGGCUGCUUCUCCCUUGCUAGAGGAGGACUGUGGGGGGGCUGGAGGGCCAGGGCUGCUGACACUGGUCCAGACUGACCUGGCUACGCUGAGCCGUCUGUGGCUGGCUGCCCUACAGGACUACGUUCUCCUCACCCUCCCCCAGGACUACUCGGCACAGCUACCCGCUACAGGAGGGACAUUCUACACAGCAGAGACAGCGGAGCAGGCCAGACCCCACUACUGCAGCUCCUGGGCUCCCAUCCUCCAUGCCACGGCCUUGUGGCUCAACAGCACAGGUUUCAUCAUGGUGGACGACGGCCCUGCCAACCUGUCCCGGCCCGUCACCCCCACCUCCAUGGGCCAGUCCACCUCCCUGGCCUCCGUCAAGUCCCCUGAGGACAUCAGCUCUGACCGACUCCACCUCAUCCUGGGCAUCAGUGUGGAGUUCCUGUGCUCUCCUCACUCCCAUGACCAGAUGGAGAACAUCUCCUCCUGCCUCCAGGCCCUGCAGGCUCUGCUAGAGGUCUCCUGGCCCCGGUCAAAAGUCGGCAAUGACCAGGUGUUGAGUGUGGAACUGCUGAGCGUGCUUCACAGGCUGAUAGUGACGCGGGAGGCCCCAGGGGUGCAGCUGGCCGUGCUGGAACUGGUUAGACAGGUGGUGUGUGCUGCCCAGGAGCACGUCAAGGAGAAACGCCACAGUGCUGAGGUGGAUGACGGGGCAGCAGAGAAGGAGACGGUUCCUGAGUUUGGGGAGGGCCGGGACACCGGCGGCCUGGUUCCAGGCAGGUCUCUAGUGUUCGGGGCCCUGGAGCUGUGCCUGUGUGUGUUGGUGCGUAAACUGCCCCAGCUCAGCCCCAAGCUGGCCGGCAGCCCCAGCGGGGGCCAGGGAGGUUCGGCCUGGAGUCUGAGUGACAGUGACUGCAGACAAGUGGCGGCUGCUCUGGCCAUCCUGUCUGACCUGCCAUCCAUCUGCUCUCCUGACGGUAGUGUCUCCAUUUUGCCUACACUAAUGUACCUGUUGAUGGGGGUGCUGAGGGAGUUGGUCCAGCAGCCUUGUGGUGGUGGAGCUGGGGGUAGCAGUGGGGGUGGUGAGGCUCUGGGCCUGGUAGUGCCUGCAGCCCUGCAGGCCCUGAGAGCUGUGCUCUCCUCCCCUAUGAGUCGCUCAGAGAAGAGCCGCGGGGCCUGGGCCCACCUGCUGCGCUGUGCUCUCAACACCCUGCUGGACUUCUGGGAUUCUGAUAAGCCCAACCCUGUGGUGGAUGAGGCCAGUCUGUUGACAGCUCUCACCAUCUUCCUGCUGACUGCCAGUCCUGAGGUCACCACAGCCCAGCCAUUGCAGACACGCUGCAUAGACAAGUUUAAAGCCAGUCUGGAGUCUAAGGACCCUGUGGUGCUCAGCAGGAGUUACCAGUUGCUGAUGUCAGUGUUCCAGAGCAAGACAGGGGUGGCGGUGCCCUUCAUCCAGGGCCUGGGGAGCUGUGUGGUGGGACACCUGCAGGGGGUGGAGAGGAGGAGGCCCCAGAGCUCCAAAGAGCUCCAGGCCAUCCAGGAUGGAGUCAGGGCCCUAGAGGCUCUGGUGUUCGCUGCCGACGAGAUGCACCGUCCCCAGCUGGUGGCCAUUCUCCUUCCCAUCCUCAUCUCCUUUCUACUGGAUGAGAAUGCCCUGUCCUCUGCCCCCGCGCCCGCCCGCAACCUGCAUGAGUCAGCCCUGCAGGACCUGAUGCGCAUCGGCCCCCAGCACUCGUCCGUCUUCAAGGCCCUCAUGGCCUCUUCGCCCCACAUGAAAGCCAGGCUGGAGGCUGCUGUAAAGGGCAACCAGGAGAGUGUCAACGCCAAGGCCACACAACUUCAAGUACCCAGCAAGACCUCACCCAGCAUUCAACUCAAGACCAAUUUUCUGUGAGCCUUUAUAUAGUGAAAUGAAUGCUUAGUUAUUGUGAGCGGACAAGAAACAGCCACACGUUAUAUUAUAGUGUCGUUAUCAUAGUAGCAUACUUACCGCAUUAGGAUUGUAAUAAUCACUAAAGCCAGGCACAGAUCAAGGACAGGACAGUGCAGUAUUUCAUCAUUUUAGUUUGGCAGGCAGUCAAAAUUAAGUUGUGAACGUUAAGUUUAAUUUCAUGGUACAAUAGGUGUUAAUUUGAACUGUUUAACCUCUAUGAGGGAAUGACAACAGAGUAAAGACAAUGUUAUCAUUGGACGUAGAUUCCGAACCAGGGAGCUCAAAUGCUGUUGGUAGGUCUUACAGACAGCAAAGGUCUGGGGUUGGAGUCGUAGCCCAUCUGGGGUGUAUUCAUUAGUGCAAAGUGUCGCAAAACAUUUUGCAACAGAAAACAAAAACAAGUGCUUCUUAAGGAGAAAUUCAGGUAGGUCCCUCCACGUUUCGGCCCAUUUUCUUCUGUGUGAAUACACCCCUGUUCAAUCAGUGAGGGAAACAUUAGUUCACUUCUAACCAUAUAAUUUCUAUUCACAUCUAAACUUUGUGUGGCAUCCACAUGCUUGGAUGUCUACAUUAUUAGUUUUGUGUUAGAUUACAUAUCAUUUGAAUGGCUGUCAUCAUAUUAAGUAGAGAGGCAGUAUGUAUGUAUAUACACAAACACACUACCGGUCAAAAGUUUUGGAAAAAGUUUUAUCUUAUUUUUUUAUUUGUUUAUCUUCAAAAUAGCCACCAUUUGACUUGAUGAUAGCUUUGCACACUUGGCAUUCUCUCAACGAGCUUCACCUGGAAUACUUUUCCAAAAGUAUUGAAGGAGUUCCCACAUAUGCUGAGCACUUGUUGGCUGCUUUUCCUUCACUCUGCGGUCGAACUCAUCCCAAACCAACUCAAUUGAAUUGAGGUCGGGUGAUUUGUGGAGGCCAGGUUAUCUGAUGCAGCACCAUCACUCUCCUUCUUGGUCAAAUAGCCCUUACACAGCCUGAAGGUGUGUUGGGUUAUUGUCCUGUUGAAAAACAAAUGAUAGUCCCACUAAGCCCAAACCAGAUGGGAUGGCGUAUCGCUGUAGAAUGUUGUGGUUGCCAUGCUGGUUAAGUGUGCCUUGAAUUAUAAACAAAUCACAGACGGUGUCACCAGCAAAGCACCAUCACACCACCUCCUCCAUGCUUCACGGUGGGAAAUAUACAUGCGGAGAUCUGUUCACCCACACCACUUCUCACAAAGACACGGCGGUUGGAACCAAAUAUCUCCAAUUUGGACUCCAGACCAAAGGACACAUUUCCAUCGGUCUAUAUGUCUGUGACUUGAACUCUGUGAAGCAUCUAUUUUCUGAGGCUGGUAACUAAUGAACAUAUCCUCUGCAGCAGAGGGAACUCUGGGUUUUCCUUUCCUGUGGCGGUCCUCAUGAGAGCCGGUUUCAUCAAAGCGUUUGAUGGUUUUUGCGACUGUACAUGAAGUAAUUGAACAUUUUCCAGAUUGACUGACCUUCAUGUUUUAAAGUAAUGAUGGUCUGUCAUUUCUCUUUGCUUAUUUGAGUUGUUCUUGCCAUAAUAUGGACUUGGUAUUUUUCUGUAGCCCCCCCACCUUGUCACAACACAACUAAUUGGCUUAAACACAUUGAGGAAAGAAAUUGCACAAAUUUGUUUUUAAGAAGGCACACCUUUUAAUUGAAAUGCAUUCCAGGUGACUAACUCAUGAAGCUGGUUGAUAGAAUGCCACGCGUGUGCAAAGCUGUCGUCAAGGCACAGGGUGGCUUUUUGAAGAAUCUCAAAUAUAACAUAUUUACAUUUGUUUAACACUUUUUUUUGGGAUUACUUCAUGAUUACAUAGGUGUUAUUUCAUAGUUUUGAUGUCUUCACUAUUAUUCUACAAUGUAGGAAAUAGUCAAAACAAAAACUCUUGAACAAGUAGGUGUUCUAAAACUUUUGACAGGUAAGGUGUGUGGUGUGGAUGUAUGUAUGACUUUCUGCAACGUAAGCUGAAAGAGAUACGGCAUACAUUUACUGUCAUAAUGGAAGUGUUGAUGGAAAAUAAAACCCUCCAGUAACUUUAUUCUCCAACACAACUUAGGUUUGAAUUGCCAUGGCAAUAUACAGGAAAAGCAAUGUAAACUACCAUGUACUGAAGCGUAUUUUUUUGUUUAGUGUAAAACUAAACCAACUGUCUACAGAGCAGUGUGUCCACAGAACAGAACAAUAAAAUCACUGCACUGAUGUUCUUGAAAUGGCAUUGCACUUAACAUACUGUUUGUAGCUACAUGUCCAGCAAGCAAUCAAAACGUUGUGAAGUUAACAUUAUAAUGGUCAUAAUCUUAGUACUGUAUUAUGGUCACUGAGUACAUUAAAAAGGGCUGCAUAGGGAUCCAGUGAGCAAGUAGUCCAUUAGCAGCAUUACUAUCCUCUUUGUUUUUAAUCAAUGUUCAUGUUAAGUUACCAUACAAAAGUAUCCUGGAUAGCUGAGUGUGGAAGAAUGUAUGUUAAAUCCAUUUCUGGUUUAAAGGGACACUGAUCAGAAUGAGGAUUUAUGAAAUGGAUGCAAGUGUCAAUAUCAAUGAAAAGAGAAUUGACAGUAUGAUAAUGGAUGUCAAUCAUGGGAUGAUGGUUCAGAAAGUUAACGCUACAAAUGAGAGUUUCUGCAAUAACAAAUCUGGUACAGAGGAUAUUGUCCUGCUUUCAGCUUGGCUUUUGCUCAGUCUGUUUGACACUUUCAUACUAUAGCUGUGAGGAUACUAUAAAAUACUAGUCUGUAUGUAAUGUAACCUGUCAUUUUAUUUUGUAAACUGUACAAAUGAAAAUAUUGGUUGAAUAAACACAUUUUCUAUUGGCAGUGUUAUGAAUAAAGCCUACAUUUCCUUUAA